AUGCUCGGCAGCUGCCAGCCAGCGGACAUCAUGUCGAAGAUACCGUUGGAGAUCCGGUGCAGCAUCGGCUUGUCCCUGUCGUCAGCCAGCCUCGCUCUGCCGCAGGCUGCGUCGACCAGCGAUCUGCUGUCGCAGGUAAACAGGAAUGUCUUCCGCCCGUGGUCCGUCGGUCUGGAAAGUGAGCCGCUGCUUCUUCGAGCUCCACUCGGCGUCUGCGGGUUGUCCGUGGCAGGGUCCUGCUGCCUCGGUGCUCUGCACUUCGACAGCUCGGCCUCGGACCGCAUGGAAAACGACUGGGUCGUCGCGAUCCCCACGUUCGACCGCGUGCAGGACAUUGAGCGAAGGACACUGGGCCUUCUGCAGCGAGCCCACAUCCCCUCGAAGCGGAUCUUUGUCUUUGCCGAUCCGACGCAGUACGCCAGGUACGAGAAGCAGCUGCGACAUUUGGACGUUCACAUUCUACCUGGAGAGCGCGGUGUGUGUGGCCAGCGAAAUCUUAUUAUGGCGCAUUUCGCGCCUGGCACUCGCAUUGUUGAGAUGGAUGAUGAUAUUGAUGGCGUGGACGUCACGACAGCUUCUGAUAGAGACACUCAGGGAGCGACCCUUGCACGAGUACCUGAUACGAGCGUGGCGAACGUUAUCGACCAUCUAUGGGAGGUGUCCGCCAGGGAGGGGUGCUCCCUCUGGGGCCUGUAUGGCGUUCGCAACCCCUUCUUCAUGUCGCACACGUACACGGUCGGCCUGGCGAAGAGCACCGCGCAGGUGCAGGGCUACGUCAACCCUGGGAGCGUCGUCAAGCUCACAGUUCCGUGCAUGGAAGACUACGAGCGGUGCCUGUCGCUGUUCGCCCAGGGGCGGAAGUGCCUCCGAGCGAACUACCUGGCGGUGCGGACGACAAAUCGUGGACCUGGUGGCUGCGCGAGUGCCUUCACUGUGACUUCGGUGGAAGUGGACCCCGGUGGCCGCAAAGUGCUGCGCCACCCGCGGCACGUCAUGGAGGCGGAGGCCUCCGCGACGCUGCGGGCCCGGUACCCCAACUUCGUCCGCAACGUCGGGGUGCCGGCGUCUUGCGUGAAGGUCGUACCUGUUCACGGGGAAGUGGUGUACCAUCCUCCCGGGUGGAGGCUGCAGUUCCCAGGACGGCUGAGCGAGAAGCGGGCCGCCGGAGACGUGGCCGGGGACUUCGCACGGCUGCUUGGGCUCGGGGCCAGCCUGGUCAGGCAGGCUCCUCGGGCUUCUCCGGCCGGGAGACCCAUCCAAGGCAACGUCGACGUCGCGCGACGACCCUGUGGAAGACGAGGUCGAGGACGGGAUCGACGGCGGAGAUAG